GCUACAUCUUUUUUUCUCUUCGUUUGCACCUAAUGUCCAAGCUGCGGUGCGUAGUGAACCAAUGAAACUCGUCGAAAAGCAGCGAGGGAGAGGGAGGAAGAAGAAUGAAUAGCAUAAAGACCAGCCCAACAAACUAGCUCUUUCAUUUUCAUUUUUUUUUCCUGGACUUCUUUUUGAUCUUUGAUCUCCUCUCUUUUUUUUUCUUUUUUAAUGUUCUGUUGACAUGUCUAAUUGCGCCUUCGUUCUCUGCGUGACUUUUACGACGCGAAGGAUCUUUUUUGUUUUCCUGUGUGUCUCGUAUACUAUUUUCUAGGGCAAGCCAGCGCGGCGGUUGCAAACCCGCGGCCUUUUCUUUCUCUCAGUAUUAUUAUUAUUCGGCACGUCGCAGAACAAGCAGCCUAGGCUGAACAUUUUGAUUUCAAAAGGAAACAGCAACCACUCUUUCCACGGUGUGCUUUUCCCUUUUUUUUUCAGCCAGCUGUCUUAGUUCCUAGUAUCUUCAACACACGUUUUCUUCCUCUCGGUUCUCCUUUCCCCCUCCUUGCUUAUUUUGUGAGCCUGCGAGGGGAAUGGAAGGGACGGAAAAAAUGAGUUGAAUGUGAUUGGCAGCGGAGAGAUUGGCGGAUCUCGGUCAUUUAGGGUAAUGCUCUAAACUAUCUUCUCCUCUUCUACUUCCUCCUGAAUCCUGGUUCUUCCGUAUUCUGGUUUGCCUGGCACAGUUGUUUUCAGCAUCGAGAGAAACUCCGGUUUUUCGCUGAAAUCCACCCGCCCACCCCCGGUCCCUCCCACGACAGGGACCCAUGGGAUCCUUAAAAAGAUCCAUGAGUUUUGUUUUCCUUGCACUUCGUAAUGCGAUACUCUCUGAGAAAAAGUCCGACGACAAACACGACAGAUAAAGAAGAACGGAAUUGGGGCAGAUACUAGAUAGUGAAGAAACAAUGAGUAGCCUUGAUGGGGAUAUUGAUGCCAGAUACUCGCUAGUUAUGUAUUUCCCUAAAUGCCGUGCAAUCACUUCGACUCUUGGCUUCCUAUCCUUCUUAUUCUUGCCGUGUGUCACAUCGUUGUUUGUUCUUGAUUGAUGCCGGUUAUUUUGAAUUUCAUUGGAAAAGUGAAUUUCGUCUUUGAACUUAAAAAUAAAAACUGUGACGGGUGCGGUAAGGUGAGAGGGUGCGAGCCGGCCACAGGCCGCUCUUUUUCCUUUCAUCUUCGGUCUCCCUCCUCACCGGUUUUCUCCUUUUUUUCUUUCCUUGGACAAAGGAAGAACUGAAUAAGGCGGUGGGCUAUGAUUGCCGCUUCUUUCUUUUGAGACUUUGAUUUCAAGUCAUAUAUAUUUUUUUUUACAUGUCGUUUUUCUACUUUUGUCUGCCUUCUUUUCUCCUUUGUUAUUUUUUUUUUUUACGUUUCGCUCAUAUAACUCUCUUUCAGAUUUACUUGCUUAAAAUAACCCCAAACCUGUUGUUUCCUCUCUCUUUUAUACAUUCGUUUUUGUUUGUUGUUUCCUCCUCUUUCUCUUGCUGUUUCAACGCCGCUAGCAUCUUUUUUUUCCUGACGGGACAACGACUGCCAGAGCGGCUUUUGAUUUUCUUCUCUAAUUAACAAAUGCUCUUCUUUUCUCUCUUUUCCUUUCUUUUUGCUUUGUGCGCCAGUGUAUGUUCUCAAGAUCCAAGUGGCGUAAAGCAUUGAUCCUUUUUUCCCCCGACUCCUCCCCUCUCAACGUGAUCCUUCUUGGGCUUGCGUCUCUUCGAUUGUUCUUCCCAUCUCAUCGCGAAGUUUUGUUUGUUUGUUUCGUUUUCCUGCUACGCAUUUAUCUCCCGUAUUUGAAUGAGGGGGCUGACUGCUGGCUGCACUGGGCAAAGGAGGCUGUCAAAAGCAGCAACACCAACAACGCAAAGAGGUGGAUGGGAAAGCACGGAAAGCGCUCUUUGAAGUUUGUAAAGGGACACAGGAGCAGGCGCCGCAUCGCUGUCAUUUGCAUCUAGUAAGAAAAUUUCAUGUUGUAUAGGUCCAUAUAAAUAUAAGGGUGUAACAUAAAUACUUGUUGAAGGCAGCAGAGGUUGUUGGGAUGCUCGAGUCAAACAACAGCAAAGAGAAGCCUACGCUUCCUUCCUCCCUCUUUUUUUACUUUCUCGCUGUGUUUCCUUGAGCGUCCUGCCCACCACUUGCGUGGCAUUCAAUGCGAUCAUGCAAAGAGUCAGGUAUGAAGGAAGCUUGCGGUGUUCACCGCCCACGUCGCAUCUUAGACACACACGCUUUGAAGAGAGUUUCACGAAUAAUAAACACGGGCACCAAAAAAUACAUUCUGUAUUGUGGGACAAAAAGAGAAAGAGACGCCAAAACGAUACGGAGGGAGAGGCGCACCUCAUUGAAGCGGUUCAUGUACUUCGUGAGUGCCUGGCGACGCCGGCUAACCCACACGCGACAGAACGCAAGCUGUGUCUUGUUGUUCCCGCUUAACAGGUGACUUUCUCUUUUUAUCAUUCUAUUAUUAUUGUUACUAUUACCCCCGAUCGUAGCACUAUGUGUUGUGCCGUCUUUUCCGUUUUCAUUGACUUAAAAAAUACAUAUAUCUUCAGCCUCUCUCACGCUGAAAAUAGUUCUGUUUUUACAGCUUUUCACUCAUUUUGCGUUUCGUGACUUGACAGCGACUAUCCUGUCUUUUCGAGGCUGUUGUAGGCAAGAGGUUGAAAGAGGUCGCGCUCUUUUUCUAGGUUUUCUCCUUUGCCCUGCGUUGAUCAAGUCUUCUCUCUCUCUUUUGUUUUGUGUUUUCGCUAUUUCCGCACAUUUCUUCUUUCGGGAAGAAAGUACCCCCUUUAUCUUAUUUUGAGUAGCUCGUUGUUUCUUUCUUUCUUGUUUCUUUCUUUUUUUUUUCCAAAUGAAUAGUACAACGAAUUGAUCAAGAAACUCUGUGUAAGCAGAGCCUUGAAGCGCAUUCAAUAAUAAUAGUGCAAAAAGAGAAAAUGAACUGGAGAGAGAGAAUCGCUGUUUUCUCACGCACACGUUGGUACAACGAAGCCCAAACUUUUCCCUCCAUGACGAAAGAGAAGGGCUUCUGUGUGUUGAUUGUAUGCUCAGCUUUCACCUUUCCGGUGUUUUUUGAUUCUCGACUCGUGGUGAGCAAGCACCUUGUGAGCAGAGCAGACAUUGUUGAAAUCACUGUUAUGCGACAUGUGGGGAUAAUUGGCGCGAUCGUGCUGUCAGGGAUGGUGUUGUUCCGACCGGCACUUAAAAAGAGAAAAAGUCGGAAUGAGUUCGCCUGUGUCAUUUGACGUGGUUUUCUCUAGUGCGUGUGUUUCCUCUCCUUUCCACUGCUCGUAUUUGUGCUUUUCUCCUCCGCUGACGUUCAUCUUCUCGCGAUUGACAAGUUCUUUGUUUCUUUUUCUUUUUUUUUUUGCAAGAAUUUUUCUUCUUCCGCCUGUCUCUCAAUCCAGAUCUCAUCUUUUCUGCUUUGCUCGGUUCACAACAGCAAUCGCUAACAGGAAAGACAAAAGCAGCAACGGAGAGUGCAACGUGCAAUUAUACAUCAUUUGCAGUCCAACAACAGCAAGAACGAUUCAAUCGCUGCUGCGCACCAAACACAACAUAAAAAACAGACAAACAAAAGCACAACACGUAUCCGCGCACGAUGUCUGACGUUCACGACACCCCCGCCGUGGAGGAUCAGGAUGAGCGUAUGAUCGCCGCCCGCGCUAAGGCCGACGCCGCCCGCGCAGCGGUAGAGCGCCGCCGUUCUCUGAGCAGCGGACCCAACGAACGCAGCCGCUCUGCCGGCAGCCACCACUCCAACCCGGCCGAUGCGGUGGAGCGCAGCCGCAGCGCAAACGGUGGCUCUCGCCGUGCGAGUAGCGAAGGCACAGGCGAGGUGAUCAUCAAACACCGCCCCAGCAGCGGUGGCGUCACACCCAACCGCUCCCACACGCCUGUCAGCGCGGGGGCUGGUGCGGCGAGACGCAGCGACGCGUCGGCCGCCGAGGCAGCCGCGGAAGCCCAACGCGCCGCCGCUCACGCCGAUGAUGCUGCUGCUGCUGCUGCUGCGGCGGCGGCGACCGAAGAGAAGGAUGCCAGGGACGACGCAGUGGCCAAUGACGCUUCCGACGCUCACGUUGAUGCUGCCCGCGCUGACGCCCACGAUGAAGUUGCCGCCGACGAUGACGCCGCCGAAGCGUCGGACGCGACCGAGUCGGAGGGUGUUGCAGACUACGCGGCUGCCGUCGAGGAGCUGCGCCGCGAGCAGGAGGCCCUGGCGCAUGACGACUCCAACUUAGAGCAGCGCCUGCAGCUGUACAGCGAGGUAGUCGGUCUGCGGAAGGAGCUGACGGUAGUGCAAGAGGACGAGGAGCGCCUGCGCCAGCAGCUGGCCAACACCGAAGCGGUGAUCGCCGCCAGCGACCCCGAGGUGGCGAAGGAGGUGGCCAUCCUCGAAGACGAGGCCCAGCAGUCCACCCUGCAGAAGAUCUGGGCCGAGGAGUCGGAGUACCACAACCCGGACAACAUGGACUGGGCAGAGAUCGACGUCAACAACCUGCGCGAGCGCGUCGAGGCGGCGCGGGCGAAGUUUGCCGCCGCUAGCGAGAAGGCCGACGCCCUCUACGCCCAGCAGGAGGAGGCCAUCAACGAAACGACCGACGCCCGCGAGAAGGAGAAGACCGCGAUCGCCGAGAACCACGAGCGCGAGAUGGACAACCUUGCCGACGCCCGCGCCAACGCCCGCCAGCUAGCAUCGGAGCAGCACUACCACCGCCAUCGCGGUACGGCGAAGCGCGCGCAGCCGCUGGUGUCGAAGGAGAAGGAGUGCCAGACCCGUGAGCGCCGCGUCGACGAGGUGGAGUUCAAGACCACCGCGCAAGUGGCGAAGAUGAAGGACGAGUUGGCGGAGCUGAUGGAGGAGGUCAAAGUCCUGAAGCACAACCUCGAUGACUCUCGCGAGACGACCGAGACGAAGCUCCGCGAGCACGAGGCGGCCCUGAAGGUCAUCGAGGACGAGGGCGCCGACGCGCGCGAGAUGAAGGAGAAGCUGUCCAAGGAAGAGGAGGAGCUGAAGGAGCUGAAGGCUGACCUCCAGGGUGUGAUGCACUACGUGCGCGCCAAGAACCGCGAGGAGGAGGGCUGGUAG